CAUCUCCGCGCCGCAGAGCGCACCGUUGCCAGUAUCAAUCUUAUCGUGUUGCCUGAGUGGUCGACAUGAAGACCGCAUUUGUGAUAUUGUUUUGCGUCUGCGCGACAGUAAACGCGCAGAAUUCAUAUUCAGAACAGUUGGCAGCUGUCGAAGAAAACUUCGACAAUGGCGGUGAAGUUAAUUUCGAUGAUGUAGUUGGUACCGGCGAAGGUGGCGGCUAUACCGCGGGCAUUGAACCAAACGAGCCUAAUGAAGCUGCGAGGAACUAUGAUGAAGAUAGUGAAGUGAUAACUGGUGUAACCGACUCCGGUAGUAGUAUUGGUAAUAUUGAUGUCACCAGACAAUCUUACGUUCAGGCACCAGAUCAAUAUGAAUCUCAAUCAGCUCCGAAAGUUAACGUGAGAUGUGUUGAGAAGAAUGAACGAUACCCGGUACCAGGUAGCUGCGAUAGAUACAUUGAAUGCCUGAAUGGUACUGCAGAGGAGAAGCUAUGUCCAGAUGGUUUAAGAUACAACCCAAAUGUGAGGUUCAACGUGUACCCCUGUCAGUAUCCCACUGAUGUUCCCUGUCUCGCGCGCUCAUCCUUACAGCCAGCUCAGCCGACAGCGGACUGCCCCCAUCAAUUUGGUUACAUCAAAAUCGGCGAUGCUAAAAACUGCAGCGGAUUCAGGAACUGCGUGAAUGGAGUGGGGUACGACUUCACCUGCCCUGAGGGUCUGGCCUUCAGCUCUGAUACGUACAGGUGUGAGUGGCCCGACCAGGUCACCGACUGUGAUGCUGAAGCCUUCCUCGGCUUUAAAUGUCCAGAGGUGCCGAUUUCUAAGGAACUGGGACCACCCGCCGGCUACAGGUUCUACAGAUCUGCAGCUGACUGCCAGAAAUACUUCCUCUGCAUCGAAGGUAAGCCGCGAGGACUCAGCUGCGGUGGCUACUCCGCUUUCGACGAGGUGACUGGAUCAUGCGUGGCUGCUGAUGAUAUUGAAGCUUGUCCAGCAGAACUAAAGAGCGCUGCUGCUCGAUCAAGAGUCGCGGAAGAACAACGACGUGCCGUUGAAGAAGAACUAGCCAAGAAAUGGGCCAAAGGCCAACCUAUAAUUAGUACAGUCGGCCCUUCAAGAUAUCAAUACACGACUUCACCACCUAAAUUCGAACGUCUAUUCAGCACGGUCACACCAGAAUUGUACGAUGAGUUUGUGACCCCAACAGGCGUCGAACCUCUUGACAUUGAGGAAAACUUCUAAGUCUAAUUUAAAUGUUAAUACGAUGCCAACCGCUCAGUGAUACUUCGUCUAGUGUAGUAUAAUUUUAUUUUAUGAUAAUGUAACCAUCAGAAUGUAAAAGUCAUUGUUAUUAUAAACAUAUUAUAGUUAAAAA